CGCGGCGGCGGCGCAUGCGCGCUGGAGAAGUGCGGGCGGAGGCGGCGGCGUCAUGGAACUGGCCCUGGAGCUGACAGCCCGUCACUGCGGGGCGGAGCUGGAGCGCUACGGGCGCUGCGUGGCCGCGAGUCCCGAAUCCUGGCAGAGGGAUUGUCACCGGCUGCGGCUCGGGAUCGCCCAGUGCGCCUCGGCACACCCCAUCGUGCGGCAGAUCCGCCGGGACUGUGCCGAGCCCUUCGCGGCCUUCGAGCGCUGCCUGCGGGAUCACCCCGGGAGCGCCGGGAGCUGCCACCCCCACGCCAACGCCUUCCUGCUCUGCGCCGACCAAGUGAAGCCCGGGGAGCCCUGAGAGAAUCCUUGGACUUCAGUUCCAGGGAAUUUCCCUCCGACAAAAAAUCUGCCUUUUCCCUGGUUUUCGGUUCCUCCAGGAGGUUCCCACCUGGAAGAAUCAGCGUGUGGAGGCUCAGGGACAAAAGCACAUCCAGGAAUCCGUCGGCCAAAUCCUUGGGAUUGUCCCGCCCGAUUCCCGACUCUGCAGAUCCCAAAGUAAGUCGUUAUUCCCUUUCUUGGAACAGUCCUGGGAAUU